AUGUCCACUGCGGUUGUCCCUCCUACUGCUGCACUGCUAGGCCCAAUGGUCGACCGCGACUCGAGUCCCAAGUCCUAUCCCUCCCUUGCGCCGUUGUCGGCCGCCCCUUCAUCCACGCCAACCCCAACUCGGGUACCGUCCGGCUCAAGUGAGGUACCCACCGAAAAGAACACCCCCGAGGGGAAACGGUCGCCGAAUACAUCGCGGAGUGGAGGACCAGCGCCCAAGAUCGCAAUAAAAAAGGAACCCCCGACGUCUCCAAGUCUACAACCAGGUACACGACAUCGCCCUCGCAAACUAGAUCUGUCUACAUCUACACCAGGGAACAACCUCUCCACCCGAGGACCGCUGACCGCUAGAGAUGGAAGGGCCAUGCAGGAUGUGGGAUUGGCCUGUUUAUCUCCGGGCUUUCAGACCCAGGAUCCUGCUAUGAGAGAACAGCUGCAGCGAAGUAUGAACGUGAGAGAUCAACAGAGAUCUAUAAUCGAGGCCCGACUGCAACAAUCGGCCAAAGGAGAUGGACAAGAGAGCGCGAAGCAACCUGAGCCAUCCCCGUUCGGGUCGCAAAGAUCCUCGAAGAAACGGCCUCCACCGGGACUCUCGAUCGUACCCCCUUCCGCCUCCCAGUUCGCCAACGAACGAGUGAUACAGUCUGCACCUCUGAACCAGACGUUUACCGGCCGCCGUCAACCCCAGCCAUUGACUCGCCAUUUUACGAAUCAGGACUUCUCCGGGUCGCCUCAGAUUCACCAUACCCCAGCAAAUCAAACUAGUAACCGCCUCCCUCCGAUUGCCGAUGUUUUCGGCGCGGACACGCUACCAUUACGGGACCGAGAUAGCAACGGUCGAGGUGCCUUCGGCCAGCCGACACCUUCGCAAUUGGCACUUGGCCCUCUGCCAUCGCCCGGUCUCCCUGGCGGCGGCCAACCCUCAGGACGGCCAAGAGAGUACCGUUCCGCAGAAGAAGCGGUUCACGAACUUGCCGGUGGCCGAGAGGAGCUACUCCCCCGCAUCGUUCACUACAACGGCAACAAAGCCACCAGCCCGCGCUCCCCACCAAACCUCCACAGCAGCAAUAGCGGGAACAGCACUGGCGGUCCCCCCAACGGCGUCCAGCAUCCGAACAGCAUCCCGUCCCAGCCACACUCCAUGUCCAACCCCACCGGGGCCGGGCGUCGCCGCACCAGGCACGAAUACGAGCAGGAUAACGGCAGUCCGCCCCUCGGGACCGGCCCAGACAUGCGAUUCCGCACGGGUCCCGGGCCCAGCGCCUACGGACCGUUCGGCGCAGGCAGAGAUUCUCCGGAGACGCAACGGAGGAAAAAAGAAGAGUUUUUGAGCCUGUGCGCGCGAGCUUGGGACUUGUUCCACUCAUGA